AUGUCAUCGCCAAGUUCCAGCAAGAAGACUGCUGCUAAGAAAUCGAGCAAAAAGGGAGGCAGCAGCAAUGUAAUCGCCUUUACGAAUUUUGGAGGAACCGAGGAAGCCUCGCGGAAAGUCGAAUACUCUCUUUACUCAGAAAGUCGAGCAUCUCGUUAUGCAGCUGCGAGGAAUGUUACUGAAAUAGGCCUCCGAUCGCUAACCAGGAUCUGUCUUGAGGCAAUGGCUGCAAACAUCGAAGCAUAUUUCUCAACUCUUGCCGACAAUCGUAGAUACCAACUCAUUCCUGAACAAUUGAUAACAAUACUAGCUAAUCUCGUCGCUCAGAGCAAACCAACUCUUGCAGCUGACAAUGUGUACAAGCUAUUCAUCAUGUAUUGUGAACCAACAUCUCUGGACCUGUCCAUUUGGGCAAAUCAGAGCGACAUUCUAACCCUGCUGAAAAGGCAUCGUGAUAUUUGUGAGAAUGUCAGAGAACUAAACAUAAACGACCCGGCAAAUUCACCAAAGGGAGCUGAAAUAGUCAGGUUAAUGCCGCAGCUAGUAUCGCUAGAUGCUCGUGGCCAUUCCAAUCUUGGAGCCACUGUUUUAGAGACCUUGUCACAAUAUGAGAAUCUCACUCGUCUGAAUCUAUCAUUUACAGCUGCCACCAUGCAAGAUUUAAAGGAGGUAUUAGCUCUACCCAAAUUAGCUGUACUCAAACUUGGUAAUACGCCCUUGGGAACCGACAAGGUCAUCUCGACAGUAAUAAAUGAACUUGAAAUGGUGGCUCCUUUACAACGACUCAAAGUCUGUAACACUGACUUUGGGAGCGCGUCACUUGAUGCUGUUGCCAAGAAAUUUGGAGGCACGUUAGAAGCUCUGGAUAUGAUGUCUACUAUAUGUCGCAAAUUAGCUCCCCUACACCUUUUUGUCAACAUGACCAAGCUCAAUUUAAGUCAUUUGACUUCGAGAAAGAAGGGACCAGCAGAACUACCAAAAGACUUUUUUAGCUCCAUGAAAACAUUCCUUGGAAGACCUGCAGGUCCACGUGUAGAGACCUUCAUCAUUGGUGGAACGCCUGAACUGACGCCUCAAAUAUUAAACCCGCUUGCCUUACUAUUGCCGCACCUUACCAGACUAUCGCUGUUCUCGUGCACACGUAUCAACAAUCUGCAAUCAGUCUUUACCACAGCGCUCAAUCUAGAGAAUCUCGACGUGAGCGAUACGGGAGUAACGGAUGCUACCUUUGAGGUCUUGUCACAGCCCGGAUUGUAUGAACACGAAGGUGCUAUGAAGAGACCUGGAUCUCGUCUUCGGUUUCUGAAUAUAUCCAAGACGAAGGUCGGGGAUGUAGGAAUUGGGUAUAUCUGUAACUGUGAAGACCUGCAAGAGCUACUGCUAGAAUCGACGCCGAUUACUCCAGCUGGAGUGCUCAAAGUAGCAGAGACUGGUGUGCGAGACUUGGCAUUGACUUCUUGUCGUGGUGCGGCCAAAAAGAAGGCUAGCAACACUGACGACGAUGCAAAGUUGAAGAUAGUCCUGAGACGGCUCCCUCCGAAUCUACCUGAAGAAAUAUUUCGAUCCUCCAUAAAUCCGUGGCUGGAAAUGACCGAUUCGUACUAUUACUGUUCUGGCAAGCAAGCUAAAAGUGCUGCAAAGGAAAACGUAUAUUCUAGAGCUUAUAUACAUUUCAAGGACGUACCGUCAUUAUUAGAGUUUCAUCGUGGAUUUGAAGGACAUGUUUUCGCUGACGCUAAAGGAAACGAAACCAGAAUACAUAUCGAAUUUGCUCCUUCUCAACAAUGUCCAAAACGUAAAGUCAAGGUUGACUCAAGGAUUGCGACUAUUUCUGAUGACUCAGACUAUAAAGCAUUCCUGGAAAGGCUGGAAAAGGGCGGUGACUACCUCGGUGAAGAAACAACUCCAGAACUACCAUCCAAACCAUCCGUCUCAUCCCCAUCACGUCAAGAUCCAAAGAGCACACCUUUAUUAGACGAACUGAGAAAUAAAAAGGCUGCUCAAGAUGCCAAGAGUAAAAAGGGUAAAUCUCGACAAGACGCGCAGCCUAAACGUAUUCAACAGCCACAGCAGCAACAGCCGAAAAAGGAACAGAAUACUAAAAAGGAAAGGAAUACACGUCAACAGGCUGGAGCAUCUAGUCCUGCCGCACCAACAUCGAAUGUAGAUGAUAAUAAAUCAGGUUCUAAACCGUCACGGCGUGAACGAAACAAGAAGAAGAAAGAUGCUGGUGGCAAAGAAGCAUCAGCCGCACAACCUACCAAAGCCAUAUAUGCCUCAAAAUCACUUUCCAUAGAGCAAAACAACAACAAGUCGUUUCCCCCAUUACCACCUCCAUCCGCUGCAGCACCGGUACCAUUACAACCAAUAUUGCAACAAACCGCACAGCCCGUAAAGCCUCAACAACCAGUAUCUAAAUCGAUGCCACCACAGCAACAACAACAACCUCCAAUACCUACUCAGCCUAUCCCACCACAAAAUCCACCUACAAAUAUCGCUAUACCAUCAUCAUCCGAGCCUAUAAAAACAGAACCUAUAAAUCCACGUGCCAAGGAACGCGAAUUACGUGACCGAGAAUUACAGAGACGGGAAAAGGCUCGUGAGGCUUUAGCUGCUGCUUUAGCCGCAUCUAAUAAUAGUGCACCACCAGUUUCUCAACCAUUGCCGCCUCAGGCUGCUUCUGAGAAUGUGUCUUCGUCGAAUGUAGUUGCAGCACCAGCAGCUGCAGCGACUACCAGAUUGAAAAUUGUCGUGACGAAAAAGGAUGGGUCGAUUACUUCUAGUGGUGGUGUACAGCCAGCGCCAUCACAACCACAGCAACAGCAGACGGCGUCAAAUUAUGUACCAUCGGUAUUUGAUCAAGUUGGAGAUAAGACAGGUAGUAAUGCUGGAAGCAGUGAUGGACGUGGUGGUAGUGCUGCUGGAGAACGAUCAAAUCGUGGUGGUCGUAGAAGGGCAUAA